AUGGCCUUGGGACCUAAUCUAAAAGAUGAGCUUUGUGAUCAAAUUCACGAUUGUAUCAAUAAACGCGGCGUUCAUCAAGAAUGCGACGUUGGGUGGUUUCGUCAAGAUCUCAACCCAAACCCACCAACACGCCUCAUAGAGGUCGAUACUAACGACCCCAGUAUCGUCAGACUCAUUUUAUUGCUUUAUCUUACGCUCAGUUAUUGCUGGGGCUCUACCAAUGAACACGCCAAAACUACCAGAGCAACAAUAGCUGCAAGGCGCGAAGGGAUCUCAGUACAUGACCUCCCGAAGACUAUACAAGAUGCUAUCCAACUCACACGGCUAUUGAAGUUUCGAUACUUAUGGAUUGAUGCUAUAUGUAUCAUUCAAUCAAAUCUUGGGGAUGCGUACCUUGACGAUUGGAAUACAGAAGCACCGCGCAUUGGAUCAUACUACCUACAUUCUAAAUGCCUCAUCUCGGCGUCCGCUGCAUCGGACAGUAGCCAGGGGCUUUUUGUUGAGCAGACUGCCCGAAGGUAUCCUCUGAGGACGUGUGCACUGGCUUUCAACAAUGACAAACAAGAGUAUAUCUGUCUUUCUGUGCCACGUCCAUCUCCUUCAGAAGAUUGGUCCGCUGAGCCGCUGGGAUCAAGAGGAUGGUGCUUACAAGAGGCUGUUCUGUCACCUCGGAUCCUGCAUUGGUCCAAAUAUGCUCUGAUAUGGCAAUGUAACGGCACAAAGAAGAGUCUUACGUAUGGAAGUGAUUUGGACACCGCUCAAGACAUCAGAGCCAGUCGGUCGCAUAUCAGCCUUGCCCAAGAACCUGAUAGUGCAAUGGGCGACGCAUGGACAGAGCUCAUAUCUAGGUACUCUAAGAUGCAUUUCACCUUCGAGACUGAUCGACUCGUUGCAAUUCAAGGCUUGGCUAACCGACUUGUUGACCUUCAUGGUGGCGAGUACCUUGCCGGAGUAUUUCGUUCACACCUUGCUGAUGGGUUGCUAUGGAAGAAUUCGUACGACAAGGCUCACAACGCACUGACCGGAGUACCCACCUGGUCGUGGGCUACAAGGUGCCUCAAUAUCUGGUUUCUUCCAGUCUCACAUUCCUUCAUACGGUUCGCGAAACCAAAUGUCUUCCCGGACAACCACGGCCCCAUAAAUCUCGACACUCCUGAGAAAUGUGCUCUUCGAUUUGAAGCUCCACUGAUCAACAUAAACCUAGGAAGGCCGUUCACGGAAACCGAUAUUGUUUCAACAGUGCAAAGGCCUGUGUUUGCAUGUCAUGUAAGCUUUACAGAAGACAGUGAAGAUGAGUACGCCGUGAAUUUCGAAUACGAUGCCGAAAGCCUGAUGCCUGAAAGUUUUGAAAUACUAGAGGUACUUUUCCUCGGACUGCACGCGCUUCAUAAACAGAGAGGAUAUAUUGGUCCGAGUGAGUUCGAAGAAUCAACUGUCGUUGAUCCUGAUACUAUAGUAUCAUGUGAAGGGAUUCUCUUGCGAAAGGCAGGUCAAUACUAUGAACGUGUGGGGAGACUUGAUUUUGACAUGCCCAAGAAAUACAAACGACGGAUAAGGUUGAAAGAGCUGAUGGACAGUAAUAGAGCGAAUGUUUAUCUUAUAUAG